UUUGGUUUUGGUAGUUCGACUCGUCGAGGGGUCCCAAGUACUUCAUCAAUUAAUGAAUUGAUUUUAAGUUAUAUUUUUAUUUUGAGUCUUCAUCAUAGUGUUUGUGAUUUAUGUGUAUUUUCUUAUCCAUUGAUCUCACGACGAUAAUAUGUCAAUUAAAUACUUAAAAACUAUUGAAUUUAGUAUUUUCAUAAUACUGCUCAAUUUCCACAAUACAUUUUCUACUCUCAGCGAUGUUCUCAUGCCGGAAUUAACAAAAACGUCUGAAGGAAGAUCUCCAUUUUCAACACCAAUUCGCUUGGCUAGAGAAAUAAAAUAUCCGAGAUAUGCCAGCGACAAUACGGACAAAAACUUGAAGCCGGAAGAUUCAACGGAUCGAGACAUUAACAACUCUCCUCCAGGAAAGAGAUGUAUUAGCUGCUUCUCCGGUUAUCCAAGUUACUCAUAUCAACCUACAUAUGACAGACCGAGGUAUAAUUAUGAUGACAUCAGAGGCAGGGAUUAUGACAGAUACGACGAUAGAGAUAGGUACUACGAUAGGGAUAGGUAUUAUGACAGAGAUCGGUAUUAUGACAGGUAUGACAGGUAUUCCGAUAGAGAUCGAUACUACAGAGGUAGAGAUCGAUACGACAGAGACCGGUACUACGACCCUUAUGAUUACGAUCGAUAUAACUCCUACGACCGAUAUGAUCGUUAUAAUGACAGAUACGACAGAUAUGAUAGCGACCGAUAUAAUUCAGAUCGAGGUAUAGGAUAUGAUAACAGAGGAUACGAUUAUAGAUAUGAUCCGUACAGAUCAUCCGAUGACAGCUAUAGAUAUGGACGACCUGAUUAUGGUACUUCAGGUUACGCCAAUAGAUGGAAUUAUGGAAACAGCGGCUCCGAUAGAGAUGAUUAUUAUAACAGAGAUAGGUACCCAAAUUACAGACCAACCGGUAAAGAUCCUUACAAUAGAGAUCCUUACAAUGAUACUUAUAGACCCACAAGUUAUCUGUAUGGUAGACCAUCAUCUACAACCUUGAAGCCACCAACUGAAGACCCACGCACACAAUCUCCACAAGAGAAUUCGGGAUAAUUGUUUAGAUUUUCAUUAAUUAACUUAAUAUAUAAAUAAACGAAGUGUGAAAUUAUAUAAAGUAAACAGAAUAUUUUCAUUCCAUUGCAAAUAUAAAUUAUUUCUUAAUUAUUCUUAUUAGAAAGGUAAGAAGUCUUUUUAUAUGAAAAUUAACUUUGAAUUACGUCUCAUUAAUACCUUAUGAAGAAUUAUUGCUUGUAUAUCGGCAUUUUCAUCAAUUGAUAGAUAAUACUUAAUAAAUUUAAGUACAACAACAUUUCAUCAUGCAAUUUUUCGGCGAAGAAUAGUCAUUAUUUAAAAUCUCUAGCCAUCCCUACUUUUUGAAUAUCAGUAACAGCGAAUAUCAAGUAAUUCAUAUUGAAAAUCCAGUAGCUUAACUAGAAUUCGCAUUCGACGAACCAUUUUUUUUUAGUUUUAUCAUAACAGAUUAAGAGGUAUUCAUAUUGCAUUAAAAAGGCACAUUCAGAAAUUAGAUUUGUUUAUUAGAAAAAACUACUUGAGCGUGUAACAGACGUCUUCAAAGGUGCCAAAAUGCGCACCUGAUAAUAGGAAUUUCUUGUGGUCCAAUAAACCGUGAGAACAGUUAGGAACAUGAUCAGCGCUGUACAGUUAUUGAUCAAACAACUCCCAGUCAAAUAGCUGUUGGGCGUCGAGCUUUAUGCGGACUAGCACUGUCACGAAAGGGAACAAUAGUUGUAUUAAGCACUAAACGUUUGUUGUUAUGAAUUGGACGUCACAAUUUAUAUUUACAGAAUCGUGUAAGAAACUCAAUAGGCAGAAUACUCUUCUGUACCCACAACGUCUGUUUGCAUUUCGUUCUGACCGGAGAUCCACUAUACCGCCAAUGAAUUAGCUGCUGCUUGGGUUCCGAGGUGAAAUCAGAAGUCCAAUUCAGAAAUAUCAGUGCUGCACGUAACUGUUAAUUUUUAUAUUUAGAUAAUUCGGCUUCCAUUUAGUUGAACACAAGUUGCUUCGUGACAAUAUCAUGCAACAAGAAUUGUGAUAUCUGCAGAAAAUGGCUGCUAAGUUUCGUAGUCGUAAUGGUUUUCCAACACGCGAUGCCUCCUAAUCUCAAUAAGAUUAUUUUUGACGAGAGAUGAUUACCCGAUGGACUCUUCUUCAUGGAUAAUUUGAAGAAUUUCAAAAAACUGAAGAUAUCAGUAACCUACUAUCUGCUUUCUCAUGAUUUUUGGUACCCAGACCUAAUUUUCCUAAUGCUUUCUGUAAAGAACUUUAUCAGCGAUCGAAAUUCAUAGCCGUCAAGGUAAAUAAUAAGAUCUGUCCACAGUUACCACGCUAUAUGACUGAUAAGUUAAUGGAAAGAUAACAGAAAACUUAUUUCCUGGAUAUGUCUCGUAAAUAAAGGAAAAGUAGGGAAAACUAUUUGUUUUUUAUAAAUUCAAUUUAAUUUUUUGUGGAAUGUAACAAAUUUUUGUUGUAAAUAUAACUAUUUAUAGAACAAAAUAUAUUGUGUAGUUUUCAGAAAAGUUAUUUAUAAAUAUAUCUAUGCGUUCUAGGAUAUUCAACAGAUAAACCACUCGCAUUACUGCCUUUUUGUAAAAAUAAUCCCUUAUAUUCUUAUUAGAUAGUUGAUUUUGUACCCUUCCAGAAUAAAAAUAGACAUUUUUAGAC